UCCCAUCGGGUGACUUGCCCAGGCAAUUCUCGCAAUCGACAACUUCGCACCCGGUUUUCCCGCUUCAUAGCAGCAGCUAUUCGCAGUGUUAACCACAAAGUAUUAGGCAACGUUCGGUCAGACUAUUCCCGAAAAUGGUCCAGCUCACAGAGGUCGUCGACGAGCACUUCCAAGAGAGCCAGCCGGGGCCCGAGGACGACGACGACUACACAGACACUGAAUCGGAGAUCUCCAACGACUCCGACUACGACCCCUCCAACGAGACCUUCGCCGAGCGCCUGUAUUCCCUCAAAGACAUCAUUCCUCCCCAGAUCCGGGGCGCCGUCACCAGCAAGUUCAGCACGACUACCAGCGCCGUAUCAUCCGCGCUCUCGUUUGCCGGACGGAGCCUCUGGGUUAUCAGCACCAGCGCGCUGAUCCUGGGCGUGCCGUGGGCCCUGGCGUGGGCCGAGGAGCAGCAGGUCAUGGAGAUGGAGAAGGAGAUGAAGAUGCGCGAGAUGGGUGGCGAGCUCCUUACUGCCGGAAGCAGCAAUACUGGCGGCUCGGCGACUGCGCAGCAGGUCGGCUCCGCGCUCGGUAGGGAGGCACAGCCUGCUCUGUAGAACAUCUCCUUCGCGACGAACCGACUCAGAUUGCUUCUACCCUGGCCCGGCGCUGCGUAAUUGCCACGUCGUCUCCGGUCGUGCGCGCACGAAAACCUCGUCCACUGUAUCUUU